UAGGGACUCCCCCCUUUCCUUGGCAAAGUGGUUGCGCCCAGUUGCUGCCUGCUUGAUGCAGUGACCAUAGAGCUGGACCAACAAGACUAAAAUAAAGGCCCUAAGAAAGGGAAAGGAUAUAUUACGGUGAGUCACUGUUCCCAUCUUCAGGAACUAAAAUGGCCUACUCACAGAUCCGGCUUAAAAUUCUCCCCAGCGUCCGUUGCCUGUUUGAUAAAAUGGUGCAGAUAAAAGUAGAGGGACUUGCUCCUUUAAAACCAGUGGAACUAAGGUCCAAGUUGGUUGAUGACAGAGGGGUGAUUUUCAAGGCCUCUGCCCAGUACAAAGCAGAUGAAACUGGCCAGGUGGAUGUUUGCAAUGCACCUUCUCUGGGAGGAAGUUACACCGGAGUGGAGCCCAUGGGUUUGUUUUGGGCCAUGGCACCAGACACUCCACACAGUAAACUCCUGAAGAAGAAUGUGCUCAGCCCAACACAGGUGGAGAUAGCAGCACUGUGUGGGGAGACUGGUGAGCUGUUAAGCUCUGAAACCAACGAGAGAGGAUACAUGACAGAAGGGAUGAAGAGAAUACCUGUGCAAGAGGGCCGGAUACGAGGAGUCCUCUUCAUACCACCAGGAAAGGGUCCAUUCCCUGGAAUCGUGGAUUUGUACACUUUAGGUGGAGGGCUUACUGAACCCAGAGCCAGCCUCUUGGCAAAUAAAGGUUUUGUUGUUCUGGCACUGGCCUAUUAUGGCUACCAGGGUUUACCAAAAAACCCUACAAACCUGGAUUUGGAAUACUUUGAAGAGGGCAUAACAUAUCUGAGGAGGCAGCCAGAGGUCAAAGGUCCUGGGAUCGGCAUCAUAUCAGUCUCUCAUAGUGGUGCUUUGGCUUUGUCCAUGUCAUCUUUCCUCUCAGGGAUCUCAGCAACCGUCUUUAUUAAUGGCUGUAGUGCAAAUACUGUGAUCCCUCUACACUACAAAGACACUGUAAUCCCUGCACUCCCCCCUGUCAUAAAGAAUGUUAAAAUCACAGACUCUGGGCUUGUAGAUAUACGCGAUGCCUUACCGGACCCUGCCUUGGAGAAGAACAGGGCAUCUUUGAUUCCCAUUGAACGUGCCAGCUGCCAGUUCCUGUUCGCUGCUUCUGAAGAUGACCACAACUGGAACAGUGCUUUUUUUGCACAACAGGCUGCCGCAACACUGAGAAAUCAUGGCAAAGAAUCGUUCCAGCUGGUUACUUAUCCUAAAGCUGGACACUUUUUGGAAGUCCCUCACAUGCCUUACUGUCCGUCUGGUUUUCAUGCAGCAGUAGGGAGAGCGGUGGUGUUUGGUGGGGAGCCAAAAGCCCACUCUGAGGCUCAGCUGGACCUGUGGGAAAGAGUCCAGGAGUUCUUCAAGAGCCACUUGGACAACAAGAGCACUUGUUAGCUAGCAAUGCUGCAUCAAGUGUAUCAAGCAUCCCACAAUGGUCAUCCUUAGCUAUGCUUAGCCUUGAGUUUCUAAUGAAUUAAUUUGUCUAAGGGUUUUUAAAUUAGACUGUAUGAGCAUUUCUAUGUUAAAGCCUUUUGUUUUUGGACUUAUCUAGACUUGAAACAGACACAGAUCAUUUUUUAAAAACAUUUUGAAGUUUUCACAGAAGGUAUUUUCCAUUUAAGUAUUCCACUAUAGGCAGCCCAGUGACAUAUCUAAAUGGACUACAGCCAUCACUAUUUGAGUUAAUUACCAUUGUGCUUUUCCUACUAUGAUAUGACAAAAUGUCUGCUGUGAUAACAACCUAUACAUCAUAGACUAUGAAAUGAGUAUCACACUGUGUGAUUGGAUACUAUCAUUAAUCAUUAGGGAUAAGGUCUUUGUAUAUAACACUGUUUGCUGCUGUGCCAAAUGCAGUAUAAACAUUCUGAAUUACCAGUAUUGUUGAUAAAAGUUGAGUUACUCUGUAAUUCAGUAGUGUAUUUUAUUGACUUUGGUCGGUAUUGAGUUGUGAUGAAGCCAUUGUAUUUUUUUAUUGUUUCACAAAAUGAUAGUGUAGAAAUUAAUUCCAAGAAUACUGAAAUAUAAAACAAGGGGUUAAAAUGAGGGAUCAUCACAUGUUCAGGAGAACAGUGGAGCAUAGUUCCUCCAAUUGAACAUUAACAUGAUUGUUCUUCAUGGAUUGAUUUUGUGAUAUAAAUUAUCAGAAAAAAUAUUCUUAUGAAUAGAAGUAGACGUUGCAGAGCUCUAAACAUGAAAUGAAAACACUUAACUGUAGAAAAUACUAGAAAUGUGUUUUUUUGUUUUGCUAUUUUGAUAAAUACUGUGAUAUCACGGCUGUUGGACGAUGAUUGUAAAUGGCAAGAACAAUGUGUUGGUCACAGUGAAUUAAAGUCAUGCACUAAGCUGA